AUGAAAUUGAGUGUUGAUAACAAAACCGCCGUCGUCACUGGAGGUACUCGUGGAUUAGGGCUCUAUUGUGCUGAAACUUUGGUCGAAAAUGGAAUAAAGACUAUAUUUAUCACCUCACGUAAGGCUAAAGCUUGUGAAGAUGCCAAAAAGCACUUAGAGGAAUUAGCAAAAAAGAAUGGAAGAUCAGUUGAAGUUGUGGCAAUUCCAUCAGAUUUAGCUGUUGAAGAGCAAGCAGAAAACUUUGCCAAGGAAGUGGCAAAGAAAGUUGACAAGAUUGACAUUUUGGUAGCCAACGCUGGUGCUUCGUGGGGUGCUCCAUUGGAAGAGCACACAGUCGCAGCUAUUAAAAAGGUUAUCAACUUGAACUUUGUUGCAGUCUUUCAUACUAUUAAAUUGUUUACUCCAUUGUUGGAAAAAGCAGCCUCAGCCAAAGACCCAUCAAGGAUUGUCAUUAUGUCAUCUGUGGCAAGCUAUUCUACGAACGACAUUGUAGGCACCUAUGGCUAUGCAGGCUCUAAAGCUGCUGUGUCCCAUUUGGGAAGAAAUUUGGCGGUUCAGUUUGCCCCCAGACACAUUAAUGUAAAUUCAAUCUUGCCAGGUUGGUUCCCUUCCAAGAUGGCUAAUGGCUUAAUUGAAGCAGGAGGUAAAUUAUUGACUGAAACAAAUCCUCGUGGUAGGUUGGGAGAACCGGAGGACUUGAAGACAGUAUUGAUGUUCUUGUGCUCAAAGCAAGCCAAUUACAUUAAUGGAGUUGAUUUGCCCGUCGACGGUGGUGCUCAUUUGAAUAGUCCAGCUGCUCAUUUUUAG